CUCACUGGUUGACCAUGUUUGUAUUGAAUGUCAAGUGACUCUUAACAAUAACAAACAUGCCACAUACGUAGUUACAGCCGCACUCAGAAAGGUUCAUUAAAUUAGUCCUAAUGAGUACUUAACUAAUUAUCAUUAAAUUUCUUAAUUGACGGUUCAUCCCAGAAACAAAACUUAAGGGUUCAUUUGCUAAUGACAGAUUUAAGUAACCGUAGGGCGGACCAUCCCUAUCGACUGCGUUUCGAUAAAGCAUUGGUGUAGCCACGCUUAAAAAAUAUUGGUAUUUACUAGUGAAAAAGUGGAUUUAAAAUAUGAAAAAUCAUUAUUUAUAGUAAUAUGAUUGAUAGUCAGUUCUUUUACUGUUAGUUUUUAUUGAUUUACAAAGCGAAAUAGCUAUUUAAAUUAAAAUUAAAUAGAGCAACUUGGGCUUUUUUUUUCUAUGGGAACACUCACUGCUGUCAAUGUCAUAAUAUUAAACAAGGUUUGUUUGUGAUUUCUGUUUUGUUGUUUCUCCGGAAGAGAUUAUUAUAUUUUCAACGUAAAUAUAUCCUAAACCUAAAAAUAUCAUGGUAAGUAGGCAUUUAUAUAAUACUUUAAAGUGUGUGGCAUUCAAUUUGUUGUAUGUUAAACUUGCAUUCAUAUAAAACUACUGUUUUAAUUUAGGAUAAUAAUCAAUCAAAAACACCACGCAAAAGAAUGUGCAAUUUCACUGCCGAUGAAAAGGCUCUAUUGGCACAAUUAAUUAAAAAGACGCCAAUCGUGGAGUCCAAAUUAACGGAUGGAAAGUCUGUCUCCAAAAAACAAGCAGCGUGGGAUUUAAUAACACGAGAGUUUAAUAGCAACGCCAAUGUACACAAGCGUGAGACUAUUACUUUGAAGAGAGCAUGGGAUAACAUGAAAGCCUACACACGUAAAGCUCGCGCAACUGAACGAGGAAACUUAUUAAGAACUGGAGGCGGACCAUCAGCACCUCCACCGCCACACAAUGAAGCCAUAAUAACCAUGGUUGAAGAGGCUGCACCUAUUAUAAUUUGUGAGUUGAAUAACCCAUUUGAUAGUGACGGAACCAUACUGGAUACAAUCAGCAAUAGUCAACAACAGGACUUGUUAGACAAACCUAACAUUUCUGUAUCGAUUGACACCAGAGAUAUAUUGGAAACAGAGAACUUAAAAGAUUCCGAAGUAAUAUUGAGUUUUGAAGAGCAGGAAGACGGCAAAAUCUUUGACAAUAACCACUUUGAAGUCGAAGAUUUGCAAGUUACAGAUGGUAAACCUUAUUUAGCAGCAAAGACCAAGACUGCUGAUCAAGUUCGGAAACCCACAGACUACAUUCGUCGAGAGGCUGUGAUACGAAUUAAAUAUUUAGAAAAUAAAAAAAGAAUGGAAAUGCAAAUAUUGAAAACCCAGUUAGAAGUAGAGGAAAUUAAAAAAGCAACAGCGUUAUUAGAACAACAAAGACAGAAGACAUUAUUAGAGAAAGCGAAAAUUGAGUUAGAAGAAAUUAAGAAGUCAAAUGGUGGUUAAAAACAAAGAAAUAAAAUGGUAGUUAAAAAUAAAAAUAUUUGUUUGAUUUUCG